AUCUGUGACGCUACUUACGCGAUUGUCCGGUAUGACUUUAUUCAACACAUCUUCAGCAAAUGAUCCUCACGACCGGAGCUGCUACCUGCAGUGAUUUCUCAGUCGUAGUAAACACGUAGGACGGAACGAGAGUGUGUCGAAUUUCCUAUUUGCUCUAACGCAAACAUGAAGAUCUUUUCGAAUUUUUAAAUACAGUGCCGAGAUUUUUCGACCAGUGGAGUUAAAGUUUCUGUGAUAUCGAUACAUAGUGAACACCGUCAAACAUGUCUUCUGUGAACAUUCCAAAAAAGUCUCACUUUGAGGCAAAGGUGCUGUUACGCAGUACCUCGUUUCAGAAGUUGUGCUCUAUACCGUACAAUUUCAAAAUAGAAGCAAUUCAAUCGUAUAAGGAACACAUCAAAACAGUCAUAAAACUGCUGAAGAUUGCAACGCGAGCUUAUGUGAUUUCGAUUUAUUUAAAAUGUAUGACUACCAUCCUCUUCAACGAAUACAUCUUUAAACUAUGUGCCCAACUGCAGGGUUACUAUCCAGCUGCAGGAGGUGAUAUUUUGGAAGCAUCGACAACCGUCACUCCGAAUAUUGCAAAUAUUCGACACAGCAUAAAGACAAAUAUUACAAAUUCGCAAAAGCCAACCAUCUUAAACUUGAUAAUACUUUAUAAAAAAGCUAUUCUCACUAUCCUGACCUACACCUGCAUUCUAUAUAUUGCACUACAAAUAAUUUCUUUGCUAACCGUCCUUUGGUGGUCCUCGAACAUACCGUUUGGCCUUGUGUUUCUUAUGCUGGAUUUGAGCUACAUGGGUUUCAUUAUGUCUAAGGUAUGAUUUUAAUGCACUCCUCCCAAUUGGUUAAAAUGGACAGUAUCGUAAGUUUUACAACGUAUUUUAUAUUUUUUACAGAUUGCAUUGUGCUGACCUUAUGAGCCAUAUUCAUGGUCUUACCAGCAGUACUGUUUAAUACACAACGCAUAUACUUGCAAAAGCAGAAUAAUUCUUAAAGCUACGAUUCCUCCAAAGUCAACGACAUUUUGAUAAGAAAACUAUCCUACCGAGAACCAUUGGCUAGAAAAAGAACAUGCGUCUCUGCAACAUCAUUUCUGCCAUACGAAACGUAAAGUGAACCGCAAAUUCGUCAAUCAAUCUACCGAAAACAGUAGUGGAAAGACAGUAGUCUCUUUUGUUAGUUUUUCCCGUAUACCAACAACAAUCACCACCCGCCGUACCACCCUCAACACAGUAGUAAAAUGUAUAAGCGACGGAUGGGAAAAGGAAAAUUUGAGUAAAUAAAGCGCUUAUACCUUACACAGAAA